UUUGUACCAUGGAAGGAGUAACAGUUCGGCACUGGGUAGAAACCCCAGCACGCUAUCAAGAAAGGUUUGCAGCAAAUGACCUUGAUGAAUGUGCUCUAGAACAUUCACUAUAUGCACUUCCAGGUCCCCAAUUCAAUGGAAAAUGUUCCAGAAAUGAAGAAAAACUGGAGGAAAAACAUACAACCGAAGAAGACAAACACUUUAAAGUUAUGAUGGAUGUGGUGCAAUUCCGUCCAGAAGAUAUAAUUAUCCAGAUUUUCGAAGGAUGGCUCAUAAUCAAGGGUGAACAUCAACACAGGAUGGAUGAACAUGGCUUCAUUUCACGGAGCUUUACAAGAACCUAUAAGUUACCAUAUGGAAUUGAGACAAAGGACUUGUCUGCUAUCUUCUGUCAUGACGGUAUCUUGGUUGUUGAGAUGCAUACAUGAGUAAGAAAUAACUACUAAGAAAUGGUCUGUCUGCUUUUAAUUAAGUAGCUUGAAGGAUACAUGGAAAAAUGAUAAGGAAAAAAAUAAGAAUGAUAAACCAAAUAUUCAAGAGUUGCUUUGGUUGAUGAAGUGAAGUGAUUUGAUUGAUUUUGACGUUUGAAGAAGACUGCAAAGUCUCAGAACAAUAUGUUUUUUUUUAGUUUUACAUGAAAGAAAGAUGUGUUAAAUUUUGCUUAGUGAUUCUGACACUAAAUACUCAUACUCUCAUAUUGCUUACAAUAAAUGCUUUCAGGAUGGAAAACCAUCUGCAAUAAUACAUUAAAUAAAUCGUAUACUG